UCUGCACAGUUGGCUUGAGUUAUUUAUUUAUUUAUUUGAAAAUUUGAAAAAAUUAUAGCAUUUUCAACCGCAUUGCAGUUGCCUGCAGGCACUGCUUUGGUAGUUCUUGAUGUUGGUAGAUUCAGGGAUGCUCUGAAAUCUGAGGCUUGAUUGGGUUGCAAUCAAAAGUGUGAGAAAUUAACCUUAUUUCCCAGGUUCGACUCAUAGUGCAUUAAUGUUUUUUGGUGGCUAACUAUCUCAGAUGAAACAGUCCUUGUUGGCAACAGCAGUGCCAGUCAACAAUAAUUUGAAUGGCAAUAAUUUGACAAUAAUUAAAGUAACUAAUUACUUUGAUGGAGUACCUAUCACACUAGUUUCAAGUCUCAUCAAGGAGAGCAAUCUAAACACUUACAAUAGGCUUUGUAAAAUGGUUUGUGGUGAUGUAAAGUAUAUUUUCUUGCGGGUUAAUGGACCAAAACAUGAAAAAACAUGUUUUAGUCCGUUCAUAUAUUGUGAAGAACUACUCAAAUUGUAGGAAAUGUCUGAAACCAGCAAUAGCAGGACAUUUUUAAGCAGAUUAGGUUCAGUUUCUUAGUUGUUCAUCACGAUUCUCUUCAAAACCGCCACCUGAACCGAAGACUAUUUCACCCAAAAUGAAAAUUCAGUCAAUAUUUACUCACACUGGUCAGUCAGUACUUGCAUUCAAAACAGUCAAAGAAUUUAGAAUUUCACUAAUUUCACUCCAAACACAUAUUUCCAUCAACUUUCUCCAAACACAAGUGUUAUGUAGCUGCAGUUGUGUUCAAUAUAACCUGUGAGGACCUUAAAGGCCUUAGCCCAAAAUGAAGCUACAUACCCCAGUGGAGGCUGGAGGCAAGUACGUACAGUGCAUUGUAGCUCCUUUAAACAGCAGUCAUAUGAUGUUAUACAAAAAGAGAGAAAAUAGAUUUUUUAAAAAGAGAGAAAAAAAAUACAUAUAAGACCAAAUUGUACAGCAAAACAUGAAAGUAUGAAAUUGUUAUUGUAGUAAAAUGCUGAUAAAAUCAAGUGUUUUAGCAUGCAAGUGUGGCCUUCUGAGUGCUUUUAGGACAGCUGUUCUAAAGUUGAAGAGGUUUUUAGACUGAACCUUGGAACAGUCUACAGUCUCUUCUCUCACAGUGGUGUGAGGGGCUAAUAGCUGCCUUAAAGUCAGAGGGCCUGAGUUCCAAAGCCUUGUAAGUUCAAAACAGAGUAUCACAGUGCAGUGAACAGAAGCCAGAAUCUGCGUGUGGGAUCUGCAUCUUGUUUUUUGUUUUGUUUUUUGUUUGAAGGAAUAGUUCAGAUUUUUGUCGCUAUUGAUGUGGAUGCGUGGACAUCAUCUCACCUACAGAUCCUGUUGAUGCAGAUGUUCAAGCGAACUAGCAGGAAAUUAACAGCUGCAAAUUGAGGCAGUUAACAAAAAAAAAACAUAUGGAGACCACAUUUAACCAUGGGGGAUGCAACAUCUUAGAUAUGCCCAGUGCUUCUCUCAGACCUCUCCUUACCAGGUUUUGUUUGAUGCAUAGUUCCAUAAAGGUAUGGGAGGAUGACCGAUGAAUGGAUUUUUAUUCAACUUUGCCCAAAGUAUUCCUUGAUUGCGGUCUCCCAGCUUAUUUUUCCUCAUCAUUGUGCAUCUUUGAUUUAGCGCUUUCACCCAAUCGCUGGUGAGAGAGGCCGGGGAGGAGAGAGAGAGAGAGAGAGAGAGAGGGAGGGAGAGGGAGGGAGGGAGGUGGUGGUGGAGGGGGCGGGGCUGGCUGGUUAUGGUUUUUCAGCACCGCGGACAGCUCCCGUCUCCUGUCUCUGGACUGCGGGGAAGCGAGUUGAAACAAAGCUGGAUGAUAUUAAAAAAAAAAACCCGACUCACAUCCAUCCAUAGAUUAACCUCCAGUCCACACCGCCAACGCACAGCAUCUUCAUUUUCCCCACUUCUUCUCCUAGAUGGUUGACUUGUCUCGUUUUCCGGCCUGACUGUGGAGUCCAACCGCGUUUAACUGCAUUGCCUCUGCGUCUUCAGCCUGUUCCCCCCUCAUCCUCUACCUCUUACUGGCAACUACAGUGCUGUGAAAGUGCCUUUUUUUGGGGUGGGGGUGGGGGGGCAGGGGUGGAUUGACCUUCUCGAAGUUCUUCUUCUGUCCAAGUCUGUCUGACACGUCUAAACAUCGCUUCUUGUCUGAUUAUGUUGAGGUGUGGGAUUUGUCUCCAAGCCCGGGAGUGGAUGUUACUUUAGGACGCAGAAGGAACAUGAAGUUGAGUAGUUUCAGUAGCGGUCGGUGCUGCGUGCGCUGAUAUGAGAUAGGCGACCUGCAUCUGCAACAUUUGCUGUAAUUCUCAUAUCAGAGUGGCUCAGACGCAUUCAGGUUUUUUUUUUUUUUUUUUUUUUUUUUUUUGUGGACGACAGCCAGAGCAAGAUGAGGUGCCUCAAUGACUUUUUAAAUUGCACCUAAGAGAGAGAGAAACUUGAGAGUGGGUCUUUUAACCUGCUACUGCUGCAGGAAGCGACGUUUUCUUUCUUCAGAGCUGAACGAGUUGCAUCUGAGAGGAGACCGAAAACUCUGGGAAAACAAAAGAAAGCAGAGUGGUCUUCUUCCUCUCUACCCCUAAGCUGAAAAUAAAUAAAAGCGCGAUAGAAAAUGAAGAAAUUUCGAAAGGUGUUGGACGGCUUGACCACCUCCUCUCCGGGAGGGACUAUCGGAUCCCCAUCGUGCGGCAGCGCGGCCGGGACUCCCACCGCGGCGCCAACUCCCAAGGAAAUCGACAUCCAAGAGACGUUAGUGUCGGAAAACUUUCAGCUGUGUAAGACGGUGCGUCAUGGUUUCCCUUACCAGCCCACUGCUUUGGCCUUUGACCCUGUGCAGAAGAUCCUGGCCAUCGGCUCCAGAUCAGGCGGCGUACGGAUACUGGGACGACCCGGGGUGGACUGCUACUGUCAGCAUGAGAGUGGAGCAGCUGUUCUUCAACUGCAGUUCCUCAUCAAUGAGGGGGCGCUGGUCACAGCCUGUGCAGAUGACACGCUACAUUUGUGGAAUCUCCGUCAGAGACGGCCGGCUGUCUUGCAUUCACUCAAAUUCAACAGAGAGAGGAUCACGUUUUGCCACCUUCCCUUUCAGAGUAAAUGGCUGUAUGUGGGAACAGAGCGCGGAAACACACACAUCGUCAACAUCGAGUCCUUCAUUUUGUCCGGAUACGUCAUCAUGUGGAACAAGGCCAUAGAACUAGCAACUAAAACUCAUCCAGGACCUGUGGUUCAUUUGAGUGACAGCCCAAAGGAUGAAGGCAAGCUGCUUAUAGGGUUUGAGAGCGGGACGAUCGUACAGUGGGACCUCCGUGUCAAGAAGGCCGACUUCAGAAUCUACUACGAUGAGGCCAUCCAUUCAGUCAGCUGGCAUCAUGAAGGGAAGCAGUUCAUGUGCAGUCACUCAGACGGCAGCCUGACGCUGUGGAACCUCAGAAACACCACCAAGCCAUUCCAGGUCACCUUCCCUCAUGGAAAGAUACAGAAGGAUGGGAGAAAGGAGUCAUGUAAACCCAUACUCAAAGUAGAGUACAAGACCUCGAGGAACAGCGAGCCUUUUGUUAUCUUCUCUGGGGGUCUAUCAUAUGACAAAGCAGGACGGAGACCAACGUUAACCAUCAUGCACGGCAAGGCUAUCACUGUGCUGGAGAUGGACUAUCCUAUUGUAGAGUUCAUGGCGCUCUGCGAGACUCCAUACAACAACGAGGUCCAGGAGCCCUACGCAGUGGUGGUGCUCUUAGAGAAGGACUUAAUCGUGGUGGAUCUGACACAGAGCAACUUCCCUGUCUUUGAGAACCCUUACCCCAUGGACGUCCAUGAGUCUCCAGUUACCUGCACAGCCUAUUUUGCAGAGUGUCCGCCCGACAUUAUCCCCAUCCUCUACUCUAUAGGAGCUAAACACAAGAAGACCGGCUACAGCCAAAGGGAGUGGCCGAUCAGCGGAGGAACGUGGACGUUAGGCUCCUGCACCUAUCCAGAGAUCAUCAUCACAGGACAUGCUGACGGAUCAAUUAAGUUUUGGGAUGCAUCUGCAAUCACACUACAGAUGUUGUACAAGCUGAAGACCUCCAAAGUGUUUGAGAAGCCAAAGCCAGGUGAGGGCCGGGCGGCCGAGUUGGUGGAGGAAGACCCCUUUGCUAUUCAAAUGGUCAGCUGGUGCCCCCAGAGUCGCAUCUUCUGUGUGGUUGGCAUCUCAGCCCACAUCAUCCUGUAUCGCUUCAGCAAAUAUGAUGCCAACACUCAGAUAGUGUCACUAGAGGUGCGCCUACAGUGUGAGUCGGAGGAUGUCAUCUCUCCAUCCGAGAAUGAAAACAAUCCCUGCUUCUCGGAGCCCGGCUCCCACUCACCCCACCACCAACACCCAGCUAGCCCCAGCAGUGGGACACCUGAGGGUAUCAAAUACAGCAUUCCCUGCCUUAAGGUGAAGGACCGGAUGGUUCGGGUUCCUCCUGGCUACCAGGCGGAGCUGGUCAUCCAGCUGCUGUGGAUAGAUGGAGAACCUCCACAACAGAUCACCAGCCUGGACAUCAACUCUGCCUAUGGCCUUUUGGCGUUUGGGAACUGUAAUGGCCUAGCGGUGGUGGACUACUUGCAGAAAACCAUCCUGUUGUGUAUGUCAACACUGGAUCUGUAUGGAGCUGCUGACCCCUACCAACGUCUUACCCGCUCCCCCCGCAGGAACAGACAGUCCACCUCAGAGUUUUGCAUGCGCGGCCUGUCUAACUUUUAUUCAGAUUCAAAGAAAAGGAUCCGUACAUCCUAUCAGAGCCUUACUGAACUCUCUGACAACCAGCAGUCCAUUGACAUGGAGAGAAGCAAGUCGCCCACCUCAGUUCAUUACCCAACCUCCCUUCACAAUGACCCACGCGUCCUGCCAGAGCCUGUGGCCAGUCUGAGAGCCAGCCACUGCAGUCCAGUCUUUUACUUACUGGACAAUGUAAAGGGACCCGGCAGAAAGUUAAGUCUGCCAACAGAUCUUAAGACUGAUCUUGAUCAUGUCAAUGGACAUUGCACUAGCCCCACCUCCCAGCCCUGCUCGGCGGGGAAGCCUCGCGUCCCGAUGGGUCCCGAGGGGCCACGGCUUACCCGCAGAGGCCCUGGCCGACCGCCCUUCCGCAAGGCCCAGUCUGCUGCUUGCAUGGAGAUCUCUUUGCCUGUGUCCCACACUGAAGGUUAUGCAUCCCGGAGGGCAAUGCUUCAGCAGUUACACGGAGUCACUAUGUACUCCCACGACGAGCACCACACCACCGCCCCCUACUGCUGGAGCGACAGAGAGAGUCGUGAGAACUCCUUCAGCCGUUCACGCAGUUCCAGUGUGUCCAGCAUCGACCGGGACACCAAAGAGGCUAUCACCACGCUGCAGCUCGGAGAAUCCUACGGGCGCAAGAGUGACGCCUUGCCCACCCCAUGUCUGUGGGUGGGCACCAGCUUAGGCGUGGUCCUGCUCAUCCCAAUGUCCAUUCCCACCGACCAGGAGGAGAGGAUGGAGGAACCUGUGACCAUUGGCCCCAGCGGAACGGUCCUGAUGCUGAAGGGCUCAGUGCUGCGCUUUGGCUUCUUGGACUGCAUGGGAGCGCUCAUUCAGAGCCCCUAUGAGGUUUGGCGCGACCUCAACGCCCCCGAGGACCCUGACAGACCGCGGAGGCGCAAGCUAGUCAACUUUUCACCAUCAUCCUCCCAGGACACCUGCGGAGAGGGACAUCUGGCUGUGGUGUGCUCCGAGAGGCAGGCCAAAGUAUUCUUGAUGCCCUCGCAGUCUUGCCUCUUUGUCCACAACAUCACAGAGUCAUCCUUUGUACUGCGAGCCGACGUGGUAUCUGUGUGUAACAGUGUGUGCCUGGCCUGCUUCUGUGCUAACGGACACGUCAUGACACUCAGUUUGCCCAGUCUAAGACCGCUGAUGGACGUCAAUUACCUGCCUCUGACAGACAUGCGCAUUGCAAGAACCUUUUGCUUCACCAACGGGGGGCAGGCACUAUAUCUCAGCUCCCCGACAGAGAUCCAGAGAAUUACAUACAGCCAGGAGAUGUGUGACAACCUGCAGGAGAUGCUGGGUGAACUGUUUACUCCAAUAGAAACACCUGAAGCCCAGAACAGAGGCUUUCUAAAGGGCUUCUUUGGAGGAAAUGCCCACACCUUCGACAGAGAGGAGCUCUUUGGUGAGGCAGCAGCUGGAAAGGCUUCUCGGAGUCUGGCCCAGCACAUCCCUGGGCAGGUGGGGGUGGAGGGCAUGAAGGUGGCAGCUAGUGGGGUGGUGGGUGAUCUGGCGCGUGCCCGCAUUGCUCUGGAUGAGAGAGGCCAAAGGCUGGGGGAGCUGGAGGAUCGAACCGCCCUGAUGAUGACCAGUGCAGAAACCUUCUCCAAACACGCUCAUGAGCUGAUGCUAAAGUGCAAAGAUAAGAAGUGGUACCAGUUCUAAUAGCAGGACAGAGGGCUGAGGCUUCCCUUGGACUGCUGGGAACUUUAUGUCGGGACAGGGACUUUCACUCUACGAAUGAGAGCAAUUAAAAGAGAGACUCAAGAGUGACUUUGUCGUUAUGGCUUCUGGACUGGCUAUGUGUAAGGCGCUGUCACAUUGUUGAAGGACGUGGAUGGGCUAGUUCCCUGUCUAGACAUGUAGUGAUAAGGACAGAAAGAGAAUGGCGGCAUAUGAAGGACUGAAGAUGGAACUGGAAAUAUCUAACAAGUUUGUGUGUGUGUGCGUGUGCGUGUGCGUGUGUGUGUGCGUGCGCGUGCGUGUGUGUAUGGUUGGGUUUUCUGGACCUCACUGUGUAGAUACUCAAAAGUUAAGAAACCAACAAGAAAUGCAUGAAACAAAAAUGGAUGACUAUUAAAAAUAUCCAACUGCCAUAUUAAAAAGCAGCAUGCUACUUUAACAAGAGAUACAAAAAUAAAGGUUUAUUUAAUGAUGUAAGCCAACAACAGAAACUAUGAAAAACUUUAUAUUUUUUGAAAUAUUUGUCAAAAAACUAUAUAUAAAAAGGGAAAUGUAUACCUGCAUUGCUAUUAAGCCAAAACUUGUGUUCCUUUCCCUUUUUUAAAUUUUUCUUUUGGGUUCAUUUGAAAAACAUUUUUCUUAGUCUCAGCAAAUAGUACUUGCCACAAUAUAGAUGCACAUAGUUAGCUUUCUAUACACACACUUAUAAUAAUGCUAAAACUAUGUUCUUACCAAUUACUCUGGGCUGCACAGUGCAAACACAAAUCAGUAGUAUUUACACUUACCUCUGCACAGUCUAAUCACACUAAUUUAAUUUCACUUUUCGGCUGCUGCUACUUACAAAAGCAUUAAAUAAUGAUGAGGAAUAUCUCACUCCCCAACUACAGUUGUAUGAAAACAGAGAACAGAUUGGUGUGAGACGUAUGCAAAGGCUGAGAGAGUUAAAAGCGUACUCUGGACACAGUGUGUUUAUAUCUAUAGUAUGAACCUAUAUACUAUUCACGUGCCAUAAAAAACAAGAUGAGUGAAUCCACUCACUGUAAACUAACUAACAAAGAGCUAAUAUCAUGUUUCCUGUUUGACCAGAACAGAUGAGACAUAGUACAUGGAGUUGGCCAUAGAGGGCAUUUAUCAAAGUCAAAUAAGUCAGUUUUCUUUAUGAAAAAAAAACAUGAGGGUGUUUUUUAUUAAUUUUUUUGGUUGUUGCUGGUUCACCAUUUGAGUCUUUAGCUGCCUUUGUCAGACGUACAAGUUUAGUGAGCCAUUAGAUUGUGUGUGUGUGUGUGUGUGUGUGUGUGUGUGUGUGAGAGAGAGAGAGAGAGAGAGAGAGAGAGUGCCACAAAUGUUAAACUAUCAUCGACUCUUUCUCUGCCAAAGCAAGCAAAAAUGAACGACACCCUCCCAUCUCUCUCCACCUCAGUCUUUGGUUAAUGUCGUUACACCUGAGUGAUCCUCUUUUCACGAUCACAAACAACACUUUAAAUGAUUGUCACUGUCUUUGUGGCGGGAGUACGAAGAGGAGUCGAAUCACCUCCAUUCAAUCACUACCAUCUCCCUCGUGAGUGGUUUAUCAGUAAAAGGUUUUGGAGAAGUAACAGUAUUUCUUUCAGUGAUGUUCAGAUGUGAGUCAGUGAAGAAACUAUGUAUGUGUAAAACAUUUGCAACGAUUUCAACUGAAGGCAAAUAUGUUCUUUUUUUGUUCAAUAUCGUUCUUGAUGACUAUGAUAUCCUCUUGUCGCAGUCCUAUAUUUGAUGGUGAUGGCCUCUCAACUGAAGGCUCUUGUAUGUUAAAAAACAACAAAUGUUUCAUGAUACAUGGUUGUGUAUCAUAUUGUGAUUGUGUUGUACAUGUCAAAUGGGUAGCCACAUGACACGGGCAAACAGCAUUAACUGAGGAGGAUAUUUUGUACUUGUGUAUUUGUCUGUAUCUUGAAUUGAUCUGAAAAACCAAACAGAGGAUUAUUGAUAUCCAUCUCUCAAACAUCAGGCCUUUUUGCACACAAGCAUUAAGACAUAUGAAGCAUUGCGCCUUGAUCAUGAUCACUCUCACAUAAAAUAUGCACAGUGACACAUACACUCAAAACCUAAAAAAUAACAGACACAAGUGAAAUCCAUCUGCAUUGCUAGUCAUUUCUGCCUGCUUCCUGUCAGGCUGCUGAGGCGUUCCUUAGGCUUAAAUGGCCUUCAAAACCCAUUUGUUUUCACCAAACUGAAGUCACCUGAAAUCCUAAAGUAGUGCCACGUGGAUUUCAGGAAUUACACGUGAUUUGAUUCAAUGAUGUGUCUUAAACAUGUCAAAAAAAAUACAUUUCUCUCCUAUCUCUGUACCGUCAAUGAGAUUUGUGUUCAGUGCAGUUCUUUCAAUGGCAGAGAAAACACACAAAAAAAACAAAAAACAAAACCAAAAAAAAAAAAAUGUAAAAAAAAUAAAUAAAAUAAUCUGACUUCUACUGACAGGGUGUUUUGUUAGUAUGUUUUUGGUUUGUAUGUUUUUGGUUUUUAUAUUAACUGUACAGUUCAAUCUUGGGAGAAAGGUGAAACAAAAAACGAUAAGAUGAAGACAUUAUUGGGAUAUUUUUCUCUGUAUAUGUUGUACCUGUUACUGCUGGUACUGUAUCUGGUAUUCUGGCUCUGUCUAAAUCACUGGAACUCUGUAGUUCUUCACACUGUAGUAUCCUGAAAAGGCAUUUCUCUGGUUUUCUCAAUGAUGGCAGCAAAGUUUGUCUUAUUUAAAUGGAUUCUACCACUUUUUGUUCUUAUUGAUAUUAUACUAGUGUAAUAGAAAUUACUUGACAAAAAAGAACUGAAAACAUGUUGAUGCAAAAGCAAACUGAAAUAAACCUUGAUUGAUGUA